CCUUCUUCUAUCCCAGACGACGAGCGAGCUACAGAAAAGAAAAAGAAGAGAAACGAGGAGCUACUGCAGUGGAAUCCCCUUCCCUUGCGUCGGGAUGGAGCGCGUGAGAAGGGCGUCGCAUGCCGGCUCCUGGUACACCAACAACGCCAGCAAGCUGGAAGAGGAACUCGAUGGUUGGCUCUCGGCAGCUGCUCUCACCAAGUCACCUGAUGUUAGGGCCGUGAUUGCACCCCAUGCUGGCUAUUCGUACUCAGGGCGCUGUGCAGCCUAUGCUUUUGGCAACAUUGAUCCAACUAACAUUUCUCGGGUGUUUCUGCUCGGCCCAUCUCAUCACUACUAUACUCCAAAAUGUGCCCUGACAAGAGCUACUGUUUAUAGCACCCCGAUUGGGGAUUUACCAGUAGACCUGGAAGUUAUCGAGGAACUCAAAGCUACAGGAAAAUUUGAAUUUAUGGACCUUAAUGUGGAUGAGGCUGAACAUAGCAUGGAAAUGCAUUUGCCUUACCUUUCUAAAGUAUUUCAAGGACAUAAUGUAAAAGUUGUACCUAUCCUUGUUGGUGCUGUCAACUCCCAAAGUGAAGCCAUGUAUGGGCAGUUGCUCGCUAAAUAUGUGGAUGAUCCAAAGAACUUUUUUUCUGUCUCCUCAGACUUUUGCCACUGGGGAUCUCGGUUUAGUUAUACAUACUAUGACAAGAACCAUGGUGCCAUUCACAAAUCAAUCGAGGCAUUGGACCGCAUGGGCAUGGAGAUCAUAGAGACUGGUGACCCCGACGCGUUCAAACAGUAUCUUCAGGAGUAUGAGAACACCAUAUGUGGACGCCAUCCCAUCAGUGUCCUUCUUCAUAUGUUGAAACACUGCUUGACGAAGAUUAAGGUCGGGUUUGUUCGGUACGAGCAGUCGAGCCAAUGCAAGAGCAUGAGGGACAGCAGCGUCAGCUACGCAUCUGCAGCGGCCAAGGUGGACUCACCUGCAGAAGAGGGUAGAGGUUGAGCAAAAUGUGGUUUGCUCGGUACACCCUGGUGUAACAUGCCAUAAGAUGGCUGUGGCUUGCAUUUACCGGAGCUGCCGGUCAAACUUUGUAAUAAUAACAAGCUCUGGUUGAAGUUCAGUCAUUGUUGCUCUGGCGGCACCAGGAUUAUGAGACAGGAGAAAUGAAAGGGCAAAAUAACAAUAUGUUUCUGAA